UCACAACGAUAUUCACGGCAUACAGAUACAAAGGCAAAGCUGUAAUGCAUUGUGUGUUGUGUCGUUCACUCAAGUAAAGUAACCCACAGUUUUCAGACGCGCGCGCUACAGAAACAUUGAAGAGAGUCAAGCCGCUUUCAAGCUGAAACAAACAAAUAUAGCCGGUGCAUUAUUAGUGCAUAAAAUUUCGCUAAGUUUUUUAUUCGCAAAAAUCUCCCAGAAAGUUUGCUGAUUCUUUUGGGAAUAAAGAAUUGUUUUUGAUAAAUCGAAACGCGUGUAAAAAAUUGGUGAAAUAUAAAAAAGAGGAAAAAUGUCGGUACCAGCACACAGCAAAAAGCGCGUUUGCUAUUACUACGAUAGCGACAUUGGCAACUACUACUAUGGCCAAGGACAUCCAAUGAAACCACAUCGUAUACGUAUGACCCAUAAUCUAUUGUUGAAUUAUGGACUGUACCGUAAAAUGGAAAUCUAUCGUCCACACAAAGCCACCGCGGACGAAAUGACCAAGUUCCAUUCAGACGAUUAUAUUCGGUUUUUACGGUCAAUUCGACCAGACAACAUGUCGGAGUACAACAAGCAAAUGCAACGGUUCAACGUGGGUGAAGAUUGUCCGGUAUUUGAUGGACUGUAUGAGUUUUGUCAAUUGUCGGCUGGUGGUUCAGUGGCGGCGGCUGUAAAAUUGAAUAAACAAGCCUCAGAGAUUUGUAUUAAUUGGGGUGGUGGUUUGCAUCAUGCCAAAAAAUCCGAAGCAUCUGGUUUUUGUUAUGUCAAUGACAUUGUCUUAGGCAUUUUGGAAUUGUUAAAAUACCAUCAACGUGUUCUCUAUAUUGAUAUUGAUGUCCAUCAUGGUGAUGGUGUCGAAGAGGCAUUCUAUACCACCGAUCGUGUGAUGACUGUCAGUUUUCACAAAUAUGGUGAAUAUUUUCCGGGCACCGGUGAUUUACGUGACAUUGGUGCUGGCAAAGGAAAGUAUUAUGCGGUAAAUAUUCCAUUGCGUGAUGGUAUGGAUGAUGAUGCAUACGAAUCGAUAUUUGUACCAAUCAUAUCAAAGGUAAUGGAAACUUUUCAACCAUCGGCUGUUGUUUUACAAUGCGGCGCUGAUUCAUUGACCGGUGAUCGUUUGGGUUGUUUCAAUUUAACAGUCAAAGGUCACGGUAAGUGCGUUGAAUUUGUGAAAAAGUACAAUUUACCAUUUUUAAUGGUCGGCGGCGGUGGUUAUACCAUUCGUAAUGUAUCUAGAUGUUGGACAUAUGAAACAUCGGUUGCAUUGGGCGUUGAAAUUGCCAAUGAACUUCCAUACAAUGAUUACUUUGAAUAUUUUGGACCUGAUUUUAAAUUGCACAUCAGCCCAAGUAAUAUGUCCAAUCAAAAUACAACUGAAUAUUUGGAAAAGAUUAAGAAUCGAUUAUUUGAAAAUCUACGAAUGUUACCACAUGCACCGGGCGUUCAAGUACAAGCCAUCCCAGAAGAUGCGGUCAACGAUGAAAGCGAUGACGAGGACAAAGUUAAUAAGGACGAACGUUUACCACAGAGCGACAAAGACAAACGCAUCGCACCGGAUAAUGAAUUUUCCGAUUCAGAAGAUGAGGGUGAAGGCGGACGACGUGACAAUCGAUCAUACAAAGGCCAACGCAAACGGCCACGUCUCGACAAAUCCAGCGAUAGUAAACCAGCCGCCGAAGGUGAAGUAAAAGAUGAGAAGGACCAAAAACAGGAAACAAAUGAAAAUGAAACCGAAAAUAAACCACCAGAAGAGAAGAAAGAGCCAGCUGCUGUAGCGUGAUAAACUUAAACCUCUCUAAAGCAUAAGAAUAUUUAAAGAAAAAAAUCACAGAUAAAAAGAAGAAAAGUUUUCAUUGCGCUUUUUUAUUGAUGUUGUUACACUCAUAACUACAGACAUAGAAAAGCGCAAAGUAAUAUUUUUUUUUUAUAAAAAUGAACAAAAACAAAAUAAUGACAAUUUAUCAUACACAUAUGUGUAUGGUUUGCACAAUAGUGUGCUGCAUGAUUAAAAAAAACACAUUAGUUAGAUUCCAUUCUUUAACAUUUUAAGUUAAUAUCACAUCAUACAUCCAUAAAAAAAAAAUUGGAAUUUUAUUUUUCUGCUCAGAAAUUAUAUUCUCGAAAAUUAAAAUGUCGAUCCGUCGACGGUUGGAAUAUUUUCAUUUAUCAUCAUUCGUAUCGCAUAAAAUUUGCAUCGAAAAUCGAAGAAAAAGAGAGCACGGAGAUAAAUAAGAAUGACACAAACACAUUCGUUGAACUCAUACUCUUUGCUUUUCACAAGUACUCUACCUCAGCAUCUGGCAGACAACCACAACAUACCACAUUGCAUGUGUGCUUUUCUUAAAUCAAAUACUUUCAUUACACAUUUUGUAUUCUAAUUAUAUAUUUUUUAAAGAGAAGAAAAGAAAAUAACUUUCAAUGUCAUUGUGAUCUCGUUCACUGGAGAAAUGAAGAUAAAAAAAAAAAACAAAAAACACGUAACAAAACAUAUAAAAAUAUUCGAGGGCUAUUGAAAUUUUAAUGUAGAAAGUGAAAGAGAGAGAAAAUCAUAGCGAAAAGAGAUUUACAUUUUUUUAGUUUUAUCUUGACGUAUUACUUACAAUUUUACUAUUAGGAAAUGAAGAACACAAGGUAUAAAAAAAGAAUUUCAAAUAAAAACAACAUGGAAACAAUUCAAAUAAA